UUACGCCCCUCGAUGGUAGCGUCCGGACGGCCAGCUGAUCGCUUCGAGUGCCGUUCAAUUAUUCCGGUUUGAACUGAGCCGUUUUGUUUCACUUAACGGAUGGUUUUCUUCUGGCCGAAAGGGGCCGAGUUCGCCACCUUUUCUCCGCCGACGCGAGGACUAUAAACGGGGGAGAAAAAGGACGAUUCUACGUUGUUUUUUUUGUUCAACUCGAGCGACGGAUCGGUUUCUUUUUUUCUUUUUCGAGAGACCAGGCCGCGGACUCAUCCCCGGCCUCGAGUUUCCAUAUCGGCCCCCCCUCCCCCGCCUCUCUCUCCCUCCCUCCCUCCCUCGUUGGAAGUCAUGGGGGACACCAGCGAACGAAGCAAGCUGCCUCCCCGGUGUACGUGCGGAUUCUGGGGGUCCAGUGAGACCAUGAACCUCUGCUCCAAAUGCUUUGCCGACGUCCAGAAGAAGCAGCCGGGGGAGGACUGCACCCCCGAGCCCCUCCAGAGCGCCGGGAGCAGCAGCCAAUCAUCAUCAUCAUCGUCAACAACGCCCCCCAGCCCCAAGCCGCCGCCCACCGAGGAGCCCUCGCCCACGUGUCCCGGCACGAGGGAAGACGCGUCGUCCACAGAAACAGCCCAAGGAACUCUCUGCACACCCACAAAACGUCCUCGAGAAUCAGGGUCGGACUCGGACAGCGAGGAGACGCCGGAGAAGCGGCCGCGGCCCGACGGGAAGGAGGGGAGCGGCGACGAGGCCCCCGAGACGCCCAAGCAGAAGAACCGCCGGCGCUGCUUCCGCUGCCAAACCAAGCUGGAGCUGGUGCAGCAGGAACUGGGCUCCUGCCGCUGUGGCUACGUGUUCUGCAUGCUGCACCGUCUCCCCGAGCAGCACGACUGCCUGUUCGACCAUCUGGGCCGCGGCCGCGAGGAGGCCGUCCUCAAGAUGGUGAAGCUGGACCGCAAGGUGGGCCGCUCGUGCCAACGCAUCGGGGAGGAGUGCUCCUGAUCGGCCGUCCUGCCGGAGACCAGGCGCUUACAGAGGGUGGGGGGGCGCUAAGGGAGGAGGAGGAGGAGGAGGAGGAGGAGGAGGUGGAGGUGCACGCUUCUAAUGUCCCACAUCUGAUCUCAGCCUGUUGGCGUCCUAACUUCCUGUCUCUGGUUUGAACGGGGGUGGCCGGGGGGGGCGGGGCUUGUUCAAGUAUCGCAUGUUCACACACACACACACACACACACACAGCCUUAACCCAAACGCCCCCCCCCCCCCUCACCCGUCUGCAGAGGAAGAGCGCCGCAGAGACGCCUCCUCCUCUUCCUCCCUGUUUCAUGGAGACUGAACUGAUCCAUUGGGAUUCUCUUUGUGUUCCUCUCGGUCGAGGCCCCCCCCCCCCCUCCCUGCGCCAUUUCCCCCCCCCCCCCUCGACCGCUCCUCAGGUCACCAGAAUGUGGUUGGAGCAUCAAACCUAUGACCCCGCCUUCCUCUUCUGCUUCCUCCUCAUCCAUUUCACUUCUUCUGCCUGUGUGGGGGGGCCCAUGGGGGGGUGGGGGGCCUGUGCACGGUACCCGCGGUGUUGUACCGAGGACGCCCCCCCCCCCCCCCCCCCCUUCUGUGUGGUCGUCACAGUGACCAGCUCUGUUUUUACUGCUCGUGGACAAUACAGCCGACCCCUGCCUCUGCUCACACAUGAGACCCCCCCCCCCCCCCCAGGAUAAACCCUCCGUAGCAGAUCCCCCCCCCCCCCCCCCCCACCGGCUGUCCUUAUUUUAAGGGCAAUUCCUCAUUAAAACGAGCUGACCGAUAAAUCGAGAUGGCUUUCUGCCCUUUAAAUUGCUCUUUAAUUUUAUUAUUCAGUUUAUUUUAUUUAUGUGUUUUGUGGAGGAGGUGUCACUUAAUUCUCAGAAUGGGGGGGGUGGGGGGGGGGGGGGUUCUUGAAAUGUUAAGUUUCUUUCUUCUUUCUUGCUUUCAUUUCACUAAAUGAGUCGAACCGGUGACAUGUUGAUGAGCGCCACCGAGUGGACGUCGCUGAACUAACCAAAAGGCUGGUUACCUUGGAGACGUGCCCCCCCCCCCCCCCCGAAAGGAAGGAAGGAUGGACUCCUUAAAUUCGUCUUCAUCAGGUUCAAGCUGCUCUUCACAUGGAUCCUAAGUGGUUUUCUGUGGUUGGGGGGGGCUGUUUUAGCUCCUCAUCGCCCCCCCCCCCCCCCCCCCCCAGUUGGACUUUGUGCUGUGCAUAUAGUUCAGUUUCACAUCUCUUCCUGGAGGAGAUUUUGUUUAAAUGCCGGUACGGAAAUCUCUCUUAAAAAUGUGCAGCAGCAUCACAGGGAAACGAUUAACUUUCAAUGUCAAAAGCAUCCAAGGCAGCCUUUUUGUUUCCUGUUUCUCUGCAAAUGACCUGGAGGGGGGGGAAGGGGGGGGUGAAGAGCCCUUAUAACCAGACACCACUUAACUAUGCUAAUCAGGACUUCCUGUUUGUCGCUGUUAUCCAAUGAGAACGCAGCGAGGACGACGGGGCUCCGCCUCUUGUUUUGAUAUUCUGGAAGACUUGUUCCUCUUUUCUUUCUUUUUUCUGAGUGCUAAAUGAGAAAUGGAGGAAAUGGAAUAUCUUUCUGUACCUUUUUAGAGAAAAGAAAUUAUUUAACCUUAUAUCAGUUUGAGUUACUUACACCUUAACAUAGAGUGGCGUAUUUAGUUAAAUGUAUUAAAAAAAAAUCAAGAAUAUAAUUCUGUCCUAUUUUCUCCUUUUAAUUUGAUGGUGUUCCAUUUUCUGCAGAGGAAAAUAAACUGGAUUAGAGGA